AUGGAACAAGAUAACUUAUCUUUACCCGAAUUAACUCGUUUCGAAUUUGAUUCUGAAAAUGAAAAUUCUGAUGAACAACAAAAUAGAAAUACUAGCAAACCUUCUAAACCUCCUCAUUUAAUUAAAGAUUCAAAUUUAAAAAUUGCUAGAAAUUCGGAUGAUAAAAAAGAUGGUCAAAAACUUGGACGCUAUUUACCUAAUGAAAGUGAAUGGAAGUUAAUUGGAGAGCUAAUUAAAAUUUUUGAACCAUUUGAUCAAGCAACAGAGGUGUUUAGCACUAAAAAAUUUCCUAUAUUGUCGAUUGUAUAUCCUACUAUUGAAGUCUUAAAACUUGAGUUUUCUACAUAUAUAGAUUCAGAUUUAGCUGAAGAUAUUCUCAAUAAAUCUGAAUUAAAUAUAGAUAGUGAUAGCGAUAAUGAAGAUAGCCUUACCAAUUUACCAGAAAUAACUGAUAUUGAACCAAUAAUUAAUGAUGUUAAAAGUGCUAUUUAUCAUUCGCUUUGGAGAUAUUGGGAUAAUCCAAGUAAUAUAGGUCUUUUAGCAACUUUAUUAGACCCAAGGCUUAAACGAAUGCAGCCUUGGCCUGCUUAUUUGCAUGAAGAUACAAUUAAAGAAUGCCGUGAACAACUUAAUACAAUUAUCACUGAUGAACCUAUACAAGCCACUACUUCUUCUAGUACAAUCACGUCAACUAAUCGUUACUUUGCAUCAAUUUUUGAUAAUGAUAAUGACCAGAGUGAUAAUUCAUCUAAUGAUGAUCAACUGGCAAAAAAAUACUUAUCAAUACCAGCUACUUCAGUGCCGAGUGAACGCUUAUUUUCUGAUGCUAGAAACCAAGUAACACCAAAGCGAACUCGUCUUAGUCCCGAAACUGUUUCAUGA